AGAUUUCCUUGUACUGGUUCUAGUAAUACAAACGGCAAGUUUUGCUUCAACCUCCUUAACAGUUGUUUCGGUAGAAAUUGAGAUGGGGAUCGGUAUAAUACUUUUUGCGGUCCUGGCACUAUUCCUCUUGUUUCAAUAUCAUUGGAAACGUCGACAUUUGUAUAAGAUCUCUAUGAAAUUAGAAGGCCCCCCUGCACUACCUUUAGUAGGAAAUGGUUUAUCGUUCUUACAUAAACAAGAAGAUUUUUUAGGAGUAAUAAGUAAGAUAAUAAGCACAUAUACAGGCCCUACAAGGUUUUGGCUUGGACCACACCUAUUACUUUUAUUUUCUCAUCCGGAACAUGUGGAGAAAAUUUUAUUAUCCACCAAGUUGUCCCAUAAGCACGAGUUAUACGACUUCAUCAAAAUAUAUAUUGGAGAGGGAUUAGUAUCGAGCUCAGGAGAGAAACACAAACGAUAUAGAAAAAUUAUUCAGCGAAUGAUAAAUACAAAAUUCAUAUUGGGGAACAUGGACACGUUUCAAAAGCAUAUCAACAUUUUCUUGGAAAAACUCUCUUCACGUUGUGGAAAAUGCACCUUUGAUAUACAUGAAGCAAUCCAUUUGUGCUGUGCUGAUAUUAUUGGUGAGAUCGUUCUGGGUAUGCAGAUGAAGGCACAGUAUGGACAAAAUAUGGAUUUCGUACAUGCAAGUGCAGAGGUCUACACUGUUGCUUACGAACGUAUAAUGAAGCCUUGGUACCAUCCUGAUAUUAUUUACAACUUUACGUCUGGAAAAAAGGAACAAUCACGGAUAGUUAGCAUUUCCUACAACUUUAUAAAACGUCACAUUACGAAUGCUAUUGAAAGAGUUAGAACUGCCAAAGAGGAUAAGAAUCGGAUAAGACCUCUUAUAGACCAAAUUGCGGAUGUAAUCGACAAAGACACUAGUGUAAUGGACGAAACCGAUUUUGUUUACAACAUGUACACUCUUUAUCUUGCUAGUGAAGACACAUUAACUAUCAUUAUUGCAAUGUUGUGCGUAUGCCUUGGAAUGUAUCCGCAGUAUCAGAAACGCGCAGCCGAAGAAGUUCGUAGCCUACACGCUGACACCUCUGGGACCAUUGCAUACGAUAACCUUUCCGACCUACCCUAUCUAGCUAUGUGCAUUAAGGAUGUCCUACGACUAAUACCUAUCGCACCACUUAUCGCUAGAAGAGCCAAUGAAGACUUUGCAAUAGAUGACUACGUGAUUCCAAAAGAUUGCGGAAUUAUCGUGUCAAUUUUCGAUUUGCAUCGUAAUCCGAAACAUUGGGAAAAUCCUAGCCAUUUUCAUCCUGAUCAUUUUUUACCCGACGCCGUUAAUAGUCGCCAUCCUUACGCGUACAUACCCUUCAGCGCCGGACCUCGUAGUUGUGUUGGAAAACAACUUGCCUACUCUUCUUUAAAGUUAAUUAUGGUAAACAUCUUGCAAAGGUUUGAAAUUGAGGCAGAUGGAAAGUUUCCUGAUAUAGUUUUGAGAUCCGAUAUUACAACUCGAUCGGUCAGUGGAUAUAACGUUCGUUUGAAGGAAAGAGUGUGGAACUAAACUAUGCGGUUCUAUACAUUGGAAGGACAGUAAAAUCCUUCUGUUGCUUUUCAAAAUGUAAAUAAAUAAUAAACAUAUAGUUAUUUUCCCAGUUUGAAGUUAUGAUAGCUCGCGCGCCGGGUUAAAGUGAAAUCAUAAUUGCGCUGGCAGCAGGGGUUGGAACCCAUAUGAAUUAUAGGUUACGAUUCCACACUACUUAGGUAGAAUAAUAGUGCCGGUACCGUUUUAGUACUGUGACUUAAGUAAU